AUGAAGUUCUGGCUUAUAGUACUAACCUGGUGCAUCGUCGGGGUGGCGAGCGACGAGGCUCAGGACGUGUGGGAGUCGCGACAGAAACGUGUCCAAGUUCCCGAUGGCAAAGGACCGUCCCGAGUUAGUGGAAGAAUUGUCGGCGGAGUUGUGGCUGAUAUCGGUGACUUCCAGUUCCAGCUGUCGUUGCGAGAGCGUCGAUUCCACAUCUGCGGCGCGUCGGUUAUUUCGGAAACCUGGUCACUAACGGCCGCUCACUGUCAAAGUCCUCCCUCGCCGGCUAAGGAUUUAACGCUUCUCGGUGGAACCAACAUUAGAAGCGAUGACGCAUCGGGGGUCGUUUUCCAAGUCGAUUUGGUAGUUCCCAAUCCAAAGUUUAAUCCCAAUACUUUCGCAAACGAUAUUUGCGUUCUGCGUAUCAAUGGUUCCUUCUUGAACCACCCCAACGUGGCACCGAUCCCGCUGGCCGCCACCGGUAUGAAGGUGCCGGUUGGAAGUAUAGUGACCGUCUCUGGAUGGGGUUUGACCGCUUCCAACGAGACCCUGGCGCCCACGCUACGUUCCGUCAGAGUGCCGACCGUGAGCUUCGCCUAUUGCAAAGCGGCCUGGGCACCUAUAUACGUAGCGACAACUUAUUGCCAUUCCUUUUCCCUCUUCUCUAGAGCCAUAUGCGCCGGCCAGAAAGGACGCGACUCGUGCAACGGAGACAGUGGGGGUCCCCUAACGCUUAACGGAACGCAGGUUGGGCUUGUCUCGUGGGGCGACGAAGAGUGUGACUAG